UGAAGAUAUGUCUUUCAGAAUGAUGCAAAUAUAUUUUUUUUGUAACAUAUGUAGUGUUAAGAAGAACACCUUGUUGUGUAUUUGGCGACGUUGGAAGAUAUCAACGUUUCGGAGAAUCUUACAGUCUCCAUCUUCAGGGCUGAAUACAAUACGUUCCUCUAGAACGUUGAUACGCUAGAAUAUUACACGGCUUUGCACAGAGGAAAUCACAUCCAUAGAACAAUAGAUUGCAUAAUAAUUUCUAUCUGGGAUUUUAGAAUAAAAUCCUAGUCACGGAGUGGAUUCAGUCGUACCAACGCCUGAAGGCGGAAUUGUUUAAGAAUCAGUUCCAAUUAUGAACAGGUCAGAGGUUCCAAUCCAUGGCAGAAGAUGACAAUUACUAUAAUAACUUUUAUUACGAGUUAUAUCUUGGACGUGUGUGAUGUAUUUAAUAGACACGGAGGACAAUGGACGUCCUAACUCAACAUGAAGACUUCAACAAUAACCCAAUCUUCAGACUCAGGAAUGCGAAGAAGUCCUUAGAAUCCAAUCUGAACCAUCUGGAUCAAACCGUAAACCUUUACCAGUGUGAGGAAAAUUUUACAAGGACUCGUCCCAGAGUUCAACGAGUGAGGGAGCCGACGCCAAUUGAAGAAGGUCAUCCUGUUUACUCUCCUGGCGUGCGUCGUCCCUUGUCGGAUCUUCUACAGCCUCUCGAUGAAAAUCCCUUUUCGAAGAUCUCCCGCGAACCCUGGUGGUGGAGAUACCCCUCCCUCCGCCCACACAUCGAAGAAUUAAAGGCUCUACCUUCGUAUCUGAGGGGCAGUUACCUGUCCCCCGUGAAGAGCACCUUCAGAUGGUACGAACAUCCAUUCCGACCUUACGGACCCGUGACCCAGUCUUUCUAUUACUACCUGUGGCGUAGGACUCACUUGGAGAACAGACUGGACGAAAUUGAUGGCAGAAUUCGAGAAGCCAUCAAUCCUCCAGCCCAUCUAGUUUACCCGUGAGAUGAUGAUAAGAUGAAGAUGGAACCCUGUGGGACAGAUCUACUCAAUAUUAAAAAUAAAUCCUUUUAUCUCAAUCUGAAAAUCAUGGCUGUAUUAUAGCAAAUAUAACUCUUUAUUCCAUUACAGUUCUGAUUCACUUUAAAUGAAAUUCAUAUUUCCCUAUAGAAUAGUCGUAUUUUAAAACGUGAAUAUACAAGAUUUUCUAACAAAUUAUGGCCAUGUUUAAAUUUUAUAACCCAAAUAAUUUCCGAAACAUAGCACGCUCAGUAUUGAUUGUUGUUUCAGAAUAAAACAUCCUCUCCGAAGCUUAA